ACCUUCUCACUUUCUUUCUUUUGCUUCAGGUAAUCCAACUAAUAAUCAUGUUUUGUAUGAAGAUAAUUCCAGUCUGGAUUCUCUUUGCCAGUCUUUACACCACAGGUGCCGGUCAAGCUGUAGGUCUUCAUCAGAAGCCAUUUUUGUCAGUUAAAGCUGGUGAAGCUGCUACUCUUCACUGCACAUUUGGUAAAAGCUUGAGUUCAGAGCGAGUGUUUUGGUAUAAACAGAAACUGGGACAGACUCUUCAGCUGGUGGGAACAGUGAUAGGACAUUUACAACCUAUUAUUGUUCCUAAGUUCGACCCAUCAAGAAUCUCACUGGAGACAAAUCCAAGCAGCAUUUCUUUGACUUUUAAACAUACUACUAAAGACGAUGAAGGAACGUACUUCUGUGGUAAAUCUGAUGGGAAUGCGAUUCAGUUUUCCACAGGAACUUUCUUAGCUGUGACAGGUCAUCCUCAGUUAAACAUAUCAGUGCUCCAAACUCCAGCAUGGGGGUCAGUUUCUCCAGGAGAGUUGGUCACUCUGCAGUGCACGGUCCUCUCUGAGAUCAGAGCAGCAGAACUCCGAGUGCUCUGGUUCAGAGCUGCUGCAGGACAAUCCUUUCCUGAAAUCAUUUACACUCAUCAGAACAGCAGCAGCCGUCAGUGUGAGAUCAGCUCUUCUACAAGCUGCUCUGUGUACAACUUCUCCAAGAACAUCCUCGACCACCACCAUACUAGAACUUACUACUGCGCUGUGGCUGCUUGUGGGGAGAUUAUUUUUGGGAACGGAACAACAGUAGAACUGAGGAGGUCUGUGGAUUCUAUAGUGUUCUUUUUAAGUGCAGCUUUGGGAGUGUGUUUGGUUGUGAUUUCUGCUCUGGUCAUUAUAACUUGCAAGAGAACAAAGUCUGAACACAGCACUGUGAGGCUUCAACACGGCUCAGUGGUGGAGAACCCUACCAGUCAGGACAGGAUUUAUGCUGCCAAAAGGCUGAGAAUGAAGAGUGGACGUUCUGGACACAGUGUUUACUCUGAAGUCAGAUACUUCUCAGUAACUGACCUCCAUUAAACUCAUUAGCUCUUUUCUGCUGUAUAAGCAUACGUACAUUUUGGGGGAUAUUUUCAUUUUACUGACACAUUCUGUGUUUCAGAUGAGCUCCAGUUUAGCUUCAAGCUUCUCUUUUUGUUAUGCUUGUCAGCUUAUUUCUGUGCUUGUUCACCAACUUCUGAACUGCAUCCAACAACAGCUUCAGAAAUGUUUUACAAAUUGACACAAAGCAGCACACAAACGUUCACAUUUCUUAAGCAGGUACAUUAUUUACUAGAUGCACACGCUAGAGGUAUUUUAAAUACUGCAUUAGUGUUAACAGGUUUGGAAAAAUCUAUUUUUCCCAAAUUGGUUAAAAACAUUUUCAAUAACCCAGUAACAUGCACCAUGUUAUAGAGAUAAUAAGAAAUAAAUUAACCAACAUAACUGACAUUAAAGUAUUCUAAAAAAAAAUAAAUGGCACCCACAAACAGGCCUUCAGUCAUACUGAAAUGCACUGCAUUUUUCGAACAGCCCGGCAU